AUGGCUGGCCGCAGAGUUGUGUGCGAUACGGAUGGGUCUGCGGGGGACGGAAGGCCGACUGAUCCGGCGAAGUCUGUUUCUAUUGGUGGUGACAACGAUAGACAUAAGGAUACGUUGAAGGAGAUACGGUGGCCGCAGAAGCUGGUGAACAUGUUGUCUAGAUGGAUGCCCAUUUUUGUGGUGGUCCUUAUUGCCUCUUGGAUGAUAUAUCAGCGCGUUGAGUCGCAUCGUGUACCAGAAAAUCCGCCGUUAGAUGAAGUUAACGACUCUGCGGCUACUAAAGGCGAUAAGGUUACAAAGGACGUUACAGCCAGGAUAGGCAGUAAGGAUAGUAUCAUCUUUGGUAUGGAGCGUAGCAUCAAAUUGAUGGGGCUCAUAAUCUCUCGUUUUGAUACCACGGAGCAUUUCCUCAAUAGUAUCGAACCUGUCGAUAGUGUCGUGCCUAUCAUGGAGCGUAUGGAGCGCAUCUACGAUAGUGCCGAGCCUCUCAUGGAGCGUGUGGAGCACGUUAUGGACCGUAUCGAUCGCCUCGAUAGUGCCGACCCCAUCAUGGAGCUCAUCGGGACUCUCAUCGUUGCUGUCGAGGCUAUCGGCGGUAAUGUGAGUCGCAUCAGCCAUCGUAUGCGGCAUAUCGUCUAUCGUAUUCGUAGGAUGGAAGACCGUAUCAUCCCUGCCGAUAGUGUCGAGGGUCUUAUCGGUCGCAUCGAGAUUGUUAUCACUCUUAUCGAGCAUCUCGCCGAUGAUAUCGAGCGUGUCGUCAACAGCAUAGAGCAUGCGAUCGAUGGUACGGUUCCUGAGCAUCGUAACGAAGCGGAUAGUCCAGGCAACAUGGAUGCUGGAGACGAUGCGUAUGGUGACGUAGAUACAGAUUCUACAGGCGGCGCGUAUGGUGAACAAGACGCUCGCUGUGUUACAGAUCAGCUUCAAACUUGA